AUGGAUCAGUCCUUAGAACAAUGUCUCGGGGAUAUAAACCAGUCUAUAGCGUCGCUCCGCUCACAGAACUUCAAACCACCAGGGAUCUUCCACAAUUCGCUGGUGCACCAUAUGGUCAGCCGCGACCUCGGCGACUUUGCCAAAAUAUUGCGGGACACGAAGGACCAGGAGGCCGUAAUGUUUAAGCUGGAUGGCAAGGGUGUUCUGCGUAGGAAGGACGGCAAAGAGGGUGUGUUCGAUUUUCUCGCAGAGAGGGAGACCAAAAUGAGGAAAAUUGCACCGCAACAUGAACGAUCAGCUAAACCACUAAUACAAAUCCCAAGAAAGUUUAACCUGGAACAACAGAAGAAGGAACUCGCUGAUAGUUCCAAGUGGGAUGGAUACUCGAGCUCCCUCAUAUCGCUGGAAACGUCCAGUCUCUUCACACAAUUGCUGCAACGGUUCGCUGACGAUGCCGAGGCACAGAAAAUACUAAAGUCCCUGCGAACGGGUGGGUUUAUCAUUGAGGACGUCUCCCCGGCAUCUUUGAUCACAAUACUGCGCGAAGUUAAUAAGUUGAGACCCGUAGCAGAGAAUAUCAAGGAGGUUAGCGCCAUUGAGGAAGAAUACUUCCAAUUGGAGUCUUCCUUGGAACAGUUGAGGGAAGAAGUGAAGUUGCAAGAGCAGAAAAUGGAACAGAAGUACAACGAUUUCACUAGCGCCUUAAUUGAGAGGAAACAUAAGGAACUGGAUUCCGUGAACGAAGCUAUUGAGAAGCUCUCUAAGAAAGCCGCCGCAUAA